CAGAGCCCGGCCGGCCGGCUCCGAGCGCGGGGCAGCGGCAGCCCGCGGCUCUCCGGGAGCCGAGGUCCGGCCGUGCCGCCGGAGCCGGAGCCGAGACUCGCAGCCGAGGCUCGGAGGGACCCCGCCGGGGAAGAGCCUCGCCCCCGAGCCAUGUGCCCGGGCUGCCUCCCACCUCGCCCUGUGCCCUGAGGCGGCACCGGGUCCGCCGGCAGCAUGGAGAAGACCUACUCGCUGACGGCGCACUACGACGAGUUCCAGGAGGUGAAGUACGCCAGCCGCUACCACAGCGGCACGCUGCCCAACGGCUUCCCCCUGCAGCUGGGCGCCAGCCCCAAGAAGCCGCGGCGGGGGCUGCCGCGCUGGAGCCGCCGGGAGGUGUGCCUGCUCUCGGGCCUGGUGUUCGCGGCGGGGCUGUGCGUCAUCCUGGGCUGCAUGCUGGCCCUCAAGUACCUGGCGGCCGAGCGGGACGGCUACUGCCUGGAGGACUGCCAGGAGAAGAGGGCCUUCCUCAAGGCCUCGCGCUUCAUCGCCGGCAACGUGGACCCCACCAUCGACCCCUGCAAGGACUUCUACUCCUUUGCGUGCGGUGGGUGGCUGCGGCGCUAUGGCAUCCCCGAGGACAAGCUCAUCUACGGCAUCAUCGCCGCCAUCGGGGAGCAGAACGAGGAGAAGCUGCGGCGCCUGCUGCUCCAGCCCGUCCGCCGGCCCGCCCGGGCCUCGGCCGAGCGCAAGGUCAAGGCCUUCUUCCGCUCCUGCCUCGACAUGGCCGAGAUCGACCGCCUGGGGCCCCAGCCCAUGCUGGAGGUCCUGGAGGACUGCGGGGGCUGGGACAUGGCGGGCAGCAGCCCAGGCCGCUGGGACUUCAACGAGCUGCUCUACAAGACCCAGGGGGUCUAUAGCACGGCCGUGCUCUUCUCCCUCACCGUCAGCCUGGACGACAAGAACUCCUCCCGCUACAUCAUUCGGAUUGACCAGGAUGGGCUGACGCUGCCAGAACGGACCCUCUACCUGGGCCAGGACGAGGAGAGUGAGAAGAUCCUGGCGGCGUACCGUGUCUUCAUGGAGCGCCUGCUGGGACUGCUGGGUGCCGAGGCCGUGCCACAGAAGGCGGCAGAGAUCCUGCAGCUGGAGCAGCAGCUGGCCAACAUCACGGUCUCAGAGUACGACGACAUGCGGCGGGACGUCAGCAGCAUGUACAACAAGGUGACGCUGGGCGAGCUGCAGCGCAUCACCCCCACUCUGAGGUGGAAGCACCUGCUGGACCGCAUCUUCCACGAGGACUUCUCGGAGGAUGAGGAGGUCGUGCUGCUGGCCACCGACUACAUGCAGAAGGUGUCGGAGCUCAUCCGCAGCACGCCCAGCAGGAUCCUGCACAACUACAUGCUGUGGCGCAUCACGGUGGUGCUGAGCGAGCACCUGUCGACGCCCUUCCGCGAGGCCAUCCACGAGCUGUCCCGUGAGAUGGAGGGCACCGAGAAGCCACUGGAGCUGGCCAGGGUCUGCCUCAGUCAGGCCAACAAGCACUUUGGCAUGGCCCUGGGCGCCCUCUUCGUCCGCGAGCACUUCUCCUCCACCAGCAAGGCCAAGGUGCAGCAGCUGGUGGAGGACAUCAAGCACAUCCUGGACCAGCGGCUGGACGAGCUGGACUGGAUGGAUGACGAGACCCGGCGUGCGGCCAGGGACAAGCUCCAGUACAUGAUGGUGAUGAUCGGGUACCCAGACUUCCUGCUACAGCCAGACUCCAUCGACAGCGAGUAUGAGUUCGAGGUGGACGAGAAGACGUACUUCAGGAACAUCCUCAACAGCAUCAGGUUCAGCAUCAAGGUCUCGGUGAAGAGGAUCCGGCAGGAGGUUGACAAGUCUGCGUGGCUGCUGCCUCCCCAGGCGCUGAACGCCUACUACCUGCCCAACAAGAACCAGAUGGUGUUCCCGGCCGGGAUCCUGCAGCCCACGCUGUACGACCCCGAGUUCCCGCAGUCCCUGAACUACGGUGGCAUCGGCACCAUCAUUGGGCAUGAGCUGACUCACGGCUACGACGACUGGGGAGGUCAGUACGAUCGCCACGGGAAUCUGGUGCACUGGUGGACCGAGGCCUCGUACAGCAAGUUCCUGAAGAAGGCCCAGUGCAUCGUGGACCUGUACGACAACUUCACCGUCUACAACCAGCGGGUGAACGGGAAGCACACGCUGGGGGAGAACAUCGCCGACAUGGGGGGGCUCAAGCUGGCCUACUACGCCUAUCAGAAGUGGGUGCGGGAGCACGGGCCCGAGCACCCCCUGCACCGCCUGAAGUACACCCAUGACCAGCUCUUCUUCAUCGCCUUCGCCCAGAACUGGUGCAUCAAGCGGCGCUCGCAGUCCAUCUACCUGCAGGUGCUGACCGACAAGCAUGCCCCCGAGCACUACAGGGUCCUGGGCAGCGUCUCGCAGUUCGAGGAGUUCGGCCGCGUCUUUCACUGCCCCAAGGACUCGCCCAUGAACCCGGCGCACAAGUGCUCGGUGUGGUGAGCCCACCCGCCUGCCUCCCCCGGGCUGGACGGGCACGAUUUGGGGGGGACCCGUCCCAACGAGGGGGCUGCUGGGGACGCACAGACAGAUGGCGGCUGGACAGACGUGUGGAUGAAGAGGCCGAGACGAAGCAGGCGAUGGACCUGCUCCAGCUGGGACGUGUUCCCCCCCAUCCCCUGCCUACACAUCUGGACACCCCCCAGCUGACCCUGGACCCAUCGUGGCAGCAGAGACAUGGCCCUCGUGGAGGUUGUGAGGACAUGGGAGCAGGGGCAGCCGUGGCCCCUGGGCAGCACCGCGGGGCCACAUCCAUGUCUCAGCCUGCUGUACCACGGUCACCCGGUCCCAGGCCACACUGAGAGCCUUGCCAGGCAGCAACACAUGGUGGCACCGUGGGCUAUGGGGCCACUUGGCCUGGCGGGUGCCACGGUCAGUGGACAGGGUGGGCAGCCCCUCGUGCAGGCGCUCGCGCUGUUUGUCGCGGCCGAUGAUGGUCAAUAAAGCCGGCGAUGUCCAUGCAA